AUGGAGUCUUCUAGAUUUUUGAGCAUCCUGGUCUUAUGUACCCUUCUAGUGAAUGUCCAGGGACCUGGUCUGACUGACUGGAUCCUUCCCAGGAGAUGCCCCAGAAUCCAAGAGAAAUGUGAAUUCAGAGAAAGGGAUGUAUGUACAAAGGACAAACAGUGCCUGGACAACAGGAAGAAGUGUUGCAUCUUCAGCUGUGGAAAAAAAUGUUUAGACCUCCACCAAGGUAAUAUUCACAGCCUCAGAAUAAUCAGCCCUUCUGCCCACACCCUCACCUUCUGA